CUUUAUGGGAUACCAGCAACUGCAGACCCUCCCAGGCACUUCAGGGUGGUUUGAGACCCCAACCUUUGAAUGGGCUUGUCUCAGUCCCCACCAAAGCAGGCCUUGUCCCUGUUCCCCCAGCCCUGCUGCCCCUCGCCCCUGACAGGCUUGGGAUCAAUUGGCUCAAUAGCCACAACCAGCUGUGGUUGCUCAGAUGUUGCACGCUCCCUGAAGGGGGCUGAUGCCUCAGCCAGCCCUUCUGCUGAGAGGCACAAGGAACUUCCCUGCCAAACUCUGCUUCAGUUUCCCCCUUUGCAGAUGAGCUCUGGGCAAUGCUGAGCUUGCCAAAGACCAGGCUGAUCCCCGAAGGGCUCCUGGUCCCUCUGAUUCUUCUUCCAUGGAGGGAGCUCAGAGCAGCUGAAUUCACCUUGGGUGGAGAUGCCCACCCUGGUCCCCGGGGGGGAUGCCUCUGGGGAUCCUCAGGCUUCCGAGUGCCUCUGCACAUCCCCAGCUCUGCUCUUGCCUCCAGAUGCCGAGAAGACCCCAGGCUACUGGAAUGAAGGGGCCAGGAGGAGGCUGAAGUCAGCCCUGACAUUGCAGCCAGUGGCACAGCGGGCCAAAAACAUCAUCCUCUUCGUGGGUGAUGGCAUGGGGCUGUCCACCAUGUCGGCAGCUCGGAUCUACAAGGGGCAGCUGGCUGGCGGCUCGGGCGAGGAGAACAUCUUGGCCAUGGAGACAUUUCCCCACCUGGCCCUGGCCAAGACCUACACCAUCGACCGGCAGGUGCCCGAUAGCGCUGGCACAGGCACAGCCUACCUCUGUGGGGUGAAGGCCAAUGCCAAGACGCUGGGGCUGAGUGGGGCAGCUGUCUAUGGCAAAUGCCGCACUACCUUUGGCAAUGAGGUGGACUCCAUCCUGCACCGGGCCAGGCUGGAAGGCAAGUCGGUGGGCAUCGUGACGACCACGCGGGUGCAGCAUGCAUCCCCAGGGGCAGCUUAUGCCCACUCGGCCAGCCGGAGCUGGUACGCCGACGCCAACAUGCCCAAGGAGGCAUUGCGGGAUGGCUGCAAGGACAUCGCCUACCAGCUGGUGCACAACACAGACAUCAACGUGAUCCUGGGUGGCGGGAGGAUGUACAUGACCCCCAAGCGGACCGCAGACCCCGAGUACCCAGAGGACCCGGCUCAGAAUGGCACCAGGAAGGAUGGCCUCGACUUGAUUGCCAAGUGGCUGAGUGCCAAGCAGGGCGCCCGCUACGUGUGGGACAAGAAGGGCAUGGAUGCAGUAGAGGAUGACUCUGUAAGCCACCUGAUGGGCCUCUUCGAGCCCAAGGACAUGAAGUAUGAGCUGAACCGCAACACCUCCACAGACCCCUCCAUCGUGGAGAUGACGGAGAAGGCCAUUCGCAUCCUGCGCAGGAACCCCAAAGGCUUCUUCCUCUUUGUGGAAGGUGGCAGGAUUGACCACGGCCACCAUAGCGGCCGGGCCAAGCAGGCACUGAUGGAAGCCGUCAUGCUGGACCGGGCGGUGGCACGAGCAAGCGAGCUCACCUCCCCCUCUGACACUUUGACUGUGGUGACAGCUGAUCACUCCCAUGUCUUCACCUUUGGGGGCAACACGCUGCGUGGCACCUCCAUCUUUGGGCUGGCCCCCAAGAAAGCCAAGGACAAGCAAGCCUACACCAGCAUCCUCUAUGGCAAUGGUCCUGGCUACAGCAUCCGCAAUGGGGGCCGCCCAGCCCCCAGCCUCCGCACUGCAGGACACGGGUCUAAUCAGAGACUGAUAUGCCGAAUGCCUCCACACACCCUGCAAGGGCUGAUACCAGUUCAAAGUCCCUCCCCAGAUCUGCUAGAAAUGCAGACACUGACAGUGGUGGUAAUGGAUCUCACCAUGCGGCUCCUGGCACUCCUCAUCCUCUGCCUGGCCCUCUGGGCAGAGCUCAGCACUGCUGUCAUCCCAGUGGAGGAGGAGGAUCCAGCCUUCUGGAACAGGCAGGCAGCUGCAGCCAUCGAGGCCUCCUUCAAGCUGCAGCCCAGGGUAACCGAAGCCAAAAACCUCAUCAUCUUCCUCGGGGAUGGAUUCGGGGUCCCCUCCAUCACGGCCACCCGCAUUCUAAACGGGCAGCAGCAGGGGAAGUUGGGCCCUGAGACCCCCCUCGCCCUGGAUUCUUUCCCCUACGUGGCUCUUUCCAAGACAUACAGUGUGGACCGGAUUGUCCCUGACAGCGCAUCCACAUCCACAGCCUACCUCUGCGGGGUGAAGGGCAACUACCACACAGCGGGAGUGAGUGCAGCUGCCCGCCUCUCGCAGUGCAACACCACGGCAGGCAAUGAGGUGGUCUCGGUGCUGGAGCGAGCACGCAAAGCCGGGAAGGCGGUGGGCAUCGUGACAACAACACGGGUGCAGCACGCGUCACCCUCGGGGGCCUAUGCCCAUGUGGUGGACCGCAGUUGGUACGCGGAUGCCAGCAUACCCGAGGAGGCCCGUCUCCAGGGCUGCAAGGACAUCGCCUGGCAGCUGGUCCACAACGUUGACAUCAACGUGAUCAUGGGGGGUGGUCGGAUAUACAUGACCCCCGCAGGGACGCUGGACCCCGAAUAUCCCACCUAUGAAACAGAGAAUGGGAUACGGGAGGACGGGAAAAACCUCAUCGACAUGUGGCUGGAGGCACGGCCGGGUGCCCGGUAUGUCUGGAACAGGACAGAGAUGCUGGCUGCUGCUGCUGACCCCAGCGUGACUUAUUUGAUGGGUCUCUUUGAACCCAUGGAUAUGAAGUAUGACUUGCUACGUAACACCACCCUGGACCCAUCACUCGCUGAGAUGACAGAGGCAGCCAUCACCAUCCUGAGCAGAAACCCCAAAGGCUUCUACCUCUUCGUGGAAGGUGGCAGGAUCGACCAUGGCCACCACGAAGGUGCAGCCCAGAAGGCGCUGACGGAUGGGAUUGCAUUUGACCGGGCCAUCGACCGGGCGGGCACCCUGACAGACGAGGCGGACACCCUCACUGUGGUCACUGCUGACCAUUCACAUGUCUUCAGCUUUGGUGGCUACACUCUGCGUGGCUCCUCCAUCUUCGGUCUGGCUCCGGGCAAAGCUGCUGACAAUAAGAGCUACACGUCCAUCCUCUACGGGAACGGGCCGGGCUACGUGGGCGCUGUUCGGCCUGAUGUGAACGAAUCCACAGCCAGUGAAUUUAACUACGUGCAGCAGGCGGCUGUGCCUCUCGGGUCAGAGUCCCAUGGCGGUGAGGAUGUGGCCAUCCUGGCCAAGGGCCCCAUGGCCCACCUCUUCCACGGGGUGCAGGAGCAGACCUACGUGGCCCAUGCCAUGGCUUAUGCCGCCUGCCUCGAGCCCUAUGUCGACUGCCAGCAGCGGAACUCUGCCACUGGAUGCCACACCACCCUCCUGGCCCUGCUCGUCCCCACCUUCCUCCUGCCCCUCUUCCACUGACCUCACAGCCCUGCAUUGCCCCCUCCCCACUGCUGCGGCACCCACAAGUGAAUGGUGGCUUUUUAGAGCACCCCCAAUCUGGACAGGGCAGUCAUGAGGCACCAUAUCCAGGCAUGGGGGGGCCCUACGCCACCCGCGCAGGGUGCUUGGUGUUUAAUAAACACGGAAUAUGAUGCUACUGA